AUGAGUCCUUUCCUCGGCAUUCUGUUGAUUUGCUAUUCCAGCCGUGGUCAUCAGCUGGUUUUCAACUAUCCUGCAGAGCCAAAGCCAAGGCUUUCGAGGACGCGCAGUGGAAAUCGAGUUGGACAGCUUGGAGAUGGCACUCCUCUCCGUCAACAGGAGAGCGAGAAGUUUCUUGGCUUUGAAACCCACUUCCUUUCGGAUGUACUGUCCCCAAAAGUGGCUUUGUGCGACCGACAGUUCCAGUUGACAGUCGAUGAUGUGACCUUUGUGGGACAUCCAACACUCCUGCAUGCGGACCGCCCGGGAACUGGUCAUCGUUUCGCUCGGAUGAUACAAAAGAAGAGGUUGAAUGCUCAGGAGGCGGGUAUUAGAACGCCGUCCUCGCAUUGGGACAAUGAGCUGCAUCAGUAUCACGAUGGGAUAUCUCCGCCAUUUGAGAAAGCCGCCUCGAACCCCUCCGUGAAGUCGUCGGCAGAUGCAAUAUCCUCCGCCGGGUUGUCUGCAUCCGCACCUCAAUUAUCAAUGUUCAAUCUGGUCUUUGCGAUGCAAACCAGUGGCGAACAGAUGGCGGUAGAUGAAAUGUACACCCACGUCAUAUCCAAGGUCACAGCCGCCCUCAAGUACGAGCAACUCAAGCGAGGCUACAUUCGAAAGGAGACGGAAUUGAUUCUUUCUAUCAAGGACGAUGCUCAAAAUAAGACAUCAGAUCGCGUGCACCUGAGCGAUAUCAUCGAUCGUAUACUCUCCGAGUGCUCUCUGGCCCGUUGCCUAGCCGAUAUAUACGACUCAAUAGUGCGAGACUCUGCGGCACACGUUGUUAUCAAUUCCUCCGUUGAUUUAUCCCUCCAUUUGCCAAAGCAUACCAAGCCCUGCAUGCUUGCGCCGCAACGCCUAGAGUCUCGCGUUGGGUUGGAGGACGAAGGGAGCUCAGGGUACCCAGUUCUCCGGCCAUACCAUGCUAUCCUGCUACUGUACGAUCCUGAAGAAGUCCUGCAAGCAUUACCGGUUGAUCCACUGCCAUUGCUUGCGGAACUGAUUCAAGUUGUCACACCAACUCAAUGCUUCCAGCAACUGCAGGCUACCUUGGAUUGCUCUCUUUCCCAAGUCUAUCGAUUAGCUGCUCACUUGGUCCAUUGGCAAAAGGCGAAAAUCAUUCAUGUUGUCGGCGUGCGCAAUGUCUAUGUGGUCCCGCCCAACGCUGAUCUCAACCGCAUACAUGAACUCUCUGGAGAUUUCAACAACCGUUUCCCGUCCGUCAAUCUCCCGUCCAUCUUGGCCAAUUUGACAAGCAUCCGACCAUUUUCCACCACUAUACCGCAGAAAGAGUUGCGGACCUUAUACCUCGAGAUCCUAACGUACCUGUUGCGACAUAACCUCGUAGAGCAACUCCACAUGUACAUAUAUCUCAUGAUCCCGUACAAUAUAUUUAACAAUAAAUUGCUGGUCGGCACCUCGCGGGAAAAUGAGACUCCAUCGCCCGUCAUCAUUGCAGACCCGGCCCAAGCGACUGAUGUUGAAAGGGAAUGGAUAAACCGCAUUGCCUACGAGCAACCCCAGGCCAUAGCUUCUGCUUUCCUCAAGUAA